AUGCAGUGCAUUGGGGCUAUGUCAUUGGUCUUCGGAAUGCAGAUUAUCUUCGAAGCUGGGUGGAACAUGUUCGAGGAUCCGGCGACUCCCGUGGUCCUCGGGUACGCCUUGUGCCUGUGCCGAGGCACAAGCGCCAUGACGGGGGUCUCUGCUGGAUACUUGAAGAUCUGGGUGGUCCGCUACCGCACCUGGGCAGAGACGGGCUACCAGCAGGCGAUCAUGAAGAAGAUGCAGGCCAUGUCCGGCAGCACCGCGGACGAGAAGCCUCCACCACCUCCAGCCGGCUCCGUGCACGAUGGCUGGCCAGAGUCCCUCGGCGUGAUCGAAAGGCCAGCCCACUACGACAAGCACGGCAUGGAAAGGUACCGGGUCGCUUUCCUGGCCGAGAAUCAGCUCUGGCUGCAGGUAGCCGUGUCUGAGAUGAUGGACAAGAGGACCUUGGAAAAGCACCGCCAAGAUCUUCUUGAUGGCUUAGCCUCCAUUGUCAACGAGGUUGCUCCGAAGGAUUACGCGGCGGAAGGCACUGAGGCGGUCGAGAAGGAGAUGUUCCAGUUCGGCGCCCCUCCUGCGAUGGACCUGGCAAGAGCAGCUUCCGAGAUCCAGCGGGAGACGUACGAGAAUUCUGCUCUCCGUCAGCUCAUGAGGAUGUGGCGGGAGCGUGCCCAGUUCAUGCUCUUCCUGCAGCAAGUAUCUGCAAUGGUCAAGUUGGACAACUACCAGCGCCGCGAUGCUUGCGAGAUUUGCGGAAAGAGCAAAGACGAGCUGCCAGUGGUUGUGUUGCCCAUCUACACUCUCCUGCAUUUGGCUUCUCUUUACCGAGAACAGAGAGAUAUGUCGCCGUUAUGGAAUACACCGCUAUGGAAGCACUUCUACCAGACCUUCACUCCAACUUGCACGCUUUGCGAGGAGUGCGCCAAGUAUUACCACAAGCGUAACACCAACAUCCCGGUCAACGAGAAGCGCUACCAGCGUCUGCAGGCGAAGCAGAAGAGUGCUUACGAGAAAGUCAGGGUGAGCGAUUACCCUGUGAUGACAAUGGAGCCAGAAAUGAAGCAGGUUUUGAACCUCUGGCUCGAGUGGACAAGAUGUCUUGUCCGAGACGAGCGUCCGCAAGAUUUCCUUCCUCGCUUCGGUAUCGAAGGACGGACUAUGCAAGAGAUCAGGAAGGAGUUGUUGGACAAGGGCGGAGCCGACGACGUGUCGCUGCCGUCAGUCUCAGACAAAGAGGACGAGGCUGCAGCAGCUGAUGAUGAUGGCAUCAAGGACCCCCGCAAGAUCGACUUGGAAGCAGACGACAUUGCACAGAAGCCGCCUCUCAAGGUGCCUAAAUCCCUCACCUGGUCGGAAGAGUCGAUCAUGCGGUCCUGGCUCCACCGCGCACGAGACAGCCUCCAGGCGCCCCAGACAGUCAAUUGGAUGUAUCCUAUGGAAGCCGGGCCUUCCUCGUCAUCACAGAACGAUGCCCAGGAGUCAAGGCCAGAGGCGACGAAAGCAGGAGUCCGAUUCGCUGCAACCACGGAUGAUGACGAGGACUAG